AGAAUUGAGAAUUGAGAAGUGAGAAGGCGGUCGUAGCCAGGGUCGGGAGCCCCACUCCGCUCUCGUCUGGGUCCCCACCCGUCCUCAUGUCGCUGCCUGGCCCAAGCGAGAACGACUCAGUACUGGAACUUAAGUUAGUCAAGCCUCGGACCCCGGAGCGGAAUCCCCGCUCCGCCGACCGCCACCUUGCAGUGACUUGCGACCACGUUUUAAGCCUUGACGUUCUACCGGAUAAACAAGGACAUAAAUUAUUUACAGAUUUUUUAAAAUGACGUGGCAAGGUGCCAGGAAAGGUGUGCAGGCACCGAUAAAAGGGAGAGACAUGCCAAAUGACACCGGUGCAAUCACACCUGGGAAGUUGGCAGAUGAAUCAAAACUUGGCAACCUUAAUCAGUUGUUAGCGACAAACAUUAGCAUGGGAAAGGCCUCGUGCUGUGUUCCUUUAAAGAAACGUUACAGAGAAGGAUGGACUCCCAAUGGCUACCCUCAAAAUGUUAUCCCUGAGAUAAAAUACGAAAAGGAAGAGGAUAACUCCGAAGGGGACGGACACAAUGAAGAUUCUAAGACUGAAUUUUGCGAAAAUAAUAACAACAUAACUAAUGUCAAUUGUGACACUGCCAUGAUUCCAUUGAAAAGGGGGACGAGGAAACGGAAGGGUCCGCCCUGCGAGGAGAAAGAGAUUAAGGACCGAGCCUGCAAGGGAAAAAGGUACCUUGAGUUCAUGCGGAAUAAAACUGAAAAUAUUUCUGUUCAAUAUUUUAACAUUAAGGCUACACCAAAAAAGAAACUUUCAAAGGUCCAGUUGAUGAAAAAGAAACUCCGUUCGAAAUAUUGUUCACAGAAACCGCAGAAAAAAGAAUCUUCCAAAGCUUCCAAAGACUCAAAAUAUGGGCAAGAGGACAACUUGAAUCUCCUCGCGGACCUAGUGGAGACUGCUUUGAAGAAUGACAAAAAGGUUUAAUUGUUCUGAACGAUUGAACUCUUUCUAUGAAAAUGUGUUCAUUUUGUUGAAAAAAGAAAGACUUUUUGGGCACCCGGCCGAAAAUUUGGUCAUGUAGAAAGUUGGAAUCGUCGAAUUCAUUGUAAACCAAAAGACUUAUUUUUUUUCCUUUCAUUAUAAAUUGUUAUUACACAAAAAUAAAAAUAAAAAUUAUUGAGUAAGUCCCUGAUCUCUUUAAUGUUGUUUUCUGUGAAAAUCAUUGUUCUUGCUCCAGAUUUGUACUACUUGUCCGGAAUUGUUCAGUAUUAAUAGCCCUUAUUAAUGAUUAGAGUUUUCUUAAAUAAAGUAAAAAUAUUUAUCCAUUGUUUUUUCUAUAAAAAUGAAAUAUUUAGAUCCAGUAUUACAAUUUUUCUUUUCUAUUUUUUAAAUUUGUAUAAAAACAUAUUACGUAUAUUUUUUUAUAAGUAAUAUGCUUUUAUCCCAAUGAUAUAAAAUACUGCAGCUCUGGGCAUUUUAAAUAGCAAUAGGAUUUUCAUAUUUUGCACAAUGAAAGUCAAACAAAUGUGCAACAUAAGAAGCAACUUUCCUCACCAAAUUAGUACUUGCUUCAUGUAUUUUUUAAUAAGUAUAAGUACCUUAGGAAAUUGUGUGCUGUGUUAAUGUUAUUCUUAUUUAGAAAUAAUUUAUUGUAGUUAUUAUAGUGACAAAGUGUCAUUGAGAUAGCUCAAGCAGUAAUGAUGUGAUUGAAAUUUUAAUGCCAACAUAUUGUUUUUGUUGUUUUCUUUCGGUAUUCGGUUGUAAAAGAACCAAUUUAGCAAGAUGGCGAUAGCCAUUCUUUGAAUUUGGUAUAAAAAGUCAAUUGGGACCUAAAAUCCAUUAUUUAAAUUGUGCAUACUUAUAAUACACUUUAUAAAAAAGUUGAUAUUUUUGUAAGCCGUCGUACAUAUAGAUAGAUAUUUUUAUCCAUAGCGUGGAAUCUACAAAGAAUAUUUAUUAUAAAAAAUAGAUAUUUUCUGUAAGUU